UUGGUUGGCUGACUAGGGUAGGUUGGUUAUGUGGUUAUGGUUGUCUCGCUUGGUGGUAUCAAAUGGCCAGCUGGGCUGCUCAGGCCAUGACUUCUAGAAGAGGAGAUGGAAGACCAGAAAGCAAGGUUAUCCAGUCUUUUGCAGAUCGGACGUUGCUGUUGGUUGGUUGGUUGGCUGGCUGGCUGGAUGGAUGGAUCGGCGUGGUUUCAUUGCCACGAGGCGGCGGAUCUGGGGUGACGAGGGUGUCUAUGUGCGUGUGCGUGAGCGUGAGUGUGGGUGUAUGCGACCCCGCCUUUCUCGGGUUGGCUGGCUUGCCGCGUGCUCUCCUUGGGUAUUUAGCCCUGGGGACGAACAGACUCCACCUAUCCGAGCGCUUGAGUAGGUAGAUGUCGGAUAUCAGUCAAGAUUGAAUGGAUUGAGGUACACCAAAGAACGGAGCGGACGUGACAUAACGGCGUGUCGUCUCGUCUUUUACCGACGACAUGGACUGAGUCUCGCGUGGAGCGGCGCUAAUUUGUGGAGAAGGAAGGAACCAACAAACGAGCCAACCAACGAACGACCAACCGACCAACCGACCCGCGCUCGCUCCUUCUUCUUAGCCGUCGUCCGCUCUUGCAUCUCCUCCAUUCACUCACUGCGCGCCUGCCUGUCUUGCCUUCCGUCUUUCCUUCCUUCCUCCGGUUUCCAGUUCCCUCCCUUGCUGCGUGAUAUCACUACACUGCGCUAUUGAAUGCCUUCCAUGCCCAUGUUGCUGCCACGACUCCAUUGCACCCGAGCCUCACCACCCGUGUCCAUCUCCGCCUCCACCUCCGCAUUUCCUCGCCGCCAACCCUGCCGCGCCGCUUAGACACCGCGCCCGCAUGCUCGCCCUCCCGGCACAACUCUCCCCCCUCCUCCACUCACCUCUCGCGAGACCAUGACUUCCUUCUUCAGCCGGAUCAAAGGUGGAACGGGCCCGGCCAGCCCAGCAACCAGCCAAACUCCCGCCAAAAAAGACCCCAAUGCCCCCCAGUUGACACCACUCGAGAAGCUGCUGGCCGAUGCUGGCCCUGUACGUGAUGAUGGAAGCGACAAAUUCUUUGGUUUCGAGAAUUUUGGAAGCACAUGCUAUUGCAAUUCCAUAGUCCAAUGUUUAUAUUACUCGGUUCCCUUCCGGGAACAAGUCAUCAACUUUCCCUCGCGAUCCCCCAUCGAAGCCCUCCAAUCGUCCACCGUGGGAGCCUUGCCCCGUCUAAACACCGACAUUGUUAACGCGAGCAAUGGACAAAACUCGGCCCUCUCUCCAAAAGGGAGAAAUUCUUUUUCGACCCCUGCCGGCGCUUCACCGCGGAAGUCGCUCGCAGCCCCCGCAGGCACCGCAGCCCCCGUCGCGAACAAGCCCGAGGACAAUAAAGACUCCCCCGAAUACAAGAAAAAACAGGCGUUUGCUGCCGGUCCCGUGUUGAAGAUGGACUAUGAGAACUCAAAGGCAUACGGCAUGUCGGAAUCGCUCUUUAGCGCGCUCAAAGAUAUAUUCGAGGCUGUCAUAGCUCACAGAUCGCACAUUGGUGUCGUCAGUCCCCACAAGUUCCUUGAGAUCUUAAGGCAAGAAAACGAAAUGUUCCGGACUCCAAUGCACCAAGACGCCCACGAAUUUUUGAAUCUUCUUCUAAACCAGGUGGUUGAGAAUGUCGAAUCCUUUUCCAAGUCCCUUGUGCGCGAACCGGGCGAUGCUGGGACACUUGUCAAUGGUGGUGACCAAACAAUCACAUCAGGCGCGGUAGUCCCUGCGACCUCGUCGACGAAUACUGGCUGGGUACAUGAGCUGUUUGAGGGCACACUGACGUCGGAAACACGAUGUCUUACGUGUGAAAAUACAUCACACCGGGAUGAGGCAUUCCUGGACCUAUCGGUGGAUCUUGACCAGCACUCCUCGGUGACGAGCUGUCUGCGCAAGUUCUCUGAAGAAGAAAUGCUUUGUGAGCGUAACAAGUUUCACUGCGACAACUGUGGGGGCUUGCAAGAAGCGGAAAAGAGGAUGAAGAUCAAGAGAUUACCUCGUAUUUUGGCUCUCCAUCUAAAACGAUUCAAAUACACCGAAGAUUUGCAACGGUUACAAAAGCUAUUCCAUCGCGUAGUAUAUCCGUAUUAUCUGCGACUCUUCAAUACCACCGACGAUGCCGAAGACCCCGAUCGCCUGUACGAACUCUACGCGGUAGUCGUUCAUAUAGGGGGUGGCCCAUAUCACGGGCAUUACGUAUCCAUCAUCAAAACGCAAGAGCGGGGAUGGCUCCUCUUCGAUGACGAAAUGGUCGAGCCAGUCGACAAAGCAUAUGUGCGGCGAUUUUUUGGUGGCGAAAACGAGCUCGCAUGCGCAUACGUCCUAUUCUAUCAAGAAACUACCGAAGAAGCCAUGAUGAAGGAACAGGAGGCCGAAAGUUUAGCCGCCGCAAAACAAGCAUCAUCAUCUGACGCGCCCAUAUCCACCGAAGCCCAAUCUCCAAAAGCCAACGGGAACGGCAGCACGAAUGGCCACCCCCUUAUGAACGCCACCACCCCCUCUGCAGAGCAAGACGAACCGUUUGCAAGCCUCAACCACGCCGCAACCGCCCCCUCCACCAUCCCGUCCUCCGAACCCACGACCCUCGACCACAUCGCGACGAGCCUACCCAAGCUCGGUACGCGUAAAAGCAAUCUCGCAGGCAUGCUCAACACCUCUUCUUCCGCAUCCAAAAAGGACAAGGCGGAGCGUAAGGCUGCGGAAAAGGAGCUUGAGAAGCAGGCGAAGCUCAAACGAAAAGAAAUGGAUAACCAGCGCCGCGAAAAUUAUCGUCGGCAGGAAGAGGAGUUGAAACUCGCGCUGGAGGCUUCGCGGGCGUCUGCUACCGAGGAGAAUCGGAAGCGUGGGAAUACCAAUCCUGAUCAAAACCAAAACCCACAACAAGCUGACGUUGGCGCCGACGACAACAACACAGAAAAGGAUGGAGCUGGGAAUGGUAAUGGCAGUGGCAAGCUCAACGGUUUCGCAAGUCUCGGAGCCAAGAGCGGGGGGACACUGAGUCGUUUCCGGCAUACGUCGAUGAGUUUGCGGCAUAAACCAAAGUUUUGGUCUACGUCGUCGUCGACGGACAAAGAGGAUUUGGAGAAGAUGCCGUCACAUCAUCAACAUCAGCAACAACAUCCGGAUGCGGAUGGGAGUGGUGGGAAGGGUGGUGACGAUGGAGGUAAAGAAGAUAAAGAGAAGAAGAACCGGUUCAGCUUGGGGAGGAAGAAGAGUGCUUUUCUUUCUUGA